CCCUCAGGGAGGUCACGGGUCUUGCUGACUUGGUGUUGAAUGGCUCACCAGGCAGAAAGGCCCAGCCGUGUUUCUGGGAAAGCCCUCCUCCCGUCUGUGCUUACUCAGAGGAGAGGCCCCACACCCAGAGACACCAGCGGUGACCUGCACCCGCCCCACCGGCCUGCCCACCGCAAAUAGAGUGACCGCCCUAAAUGCGCCGGCUGUAGGCAGCUGCUUUCGUUAGCUCUGCACUUCCCCCCAGUUAGUCUGAGAAUUACCCCAACCGCAGUCUCUUCCCGCAGUCCUGGGAGACUGUUGGGCUGCAUGAUUUGAGAGGAGCCAGGCCUGGGCACACAGAAGGCUCAGCAGUCAUGCCAAGUCAGUCCUCCCUGCUGACCUCAGAACCAAGAAGUAGUUAAUCGGGUUCUCUGAAGCCUGUUUCUGUGCUAGAGCCCCUGCACCUCUUGCCAGAGCAGUCAGCUCCUGCACCUAGACCAGCCCUUCAAAAUUCUUGCCUUGUUUUCCUGGGUCAUUCUGACCUCCCUGCUGUUGGAGAAUGUAUUUACCGGGCAGUCAAAGAUCUAUACCUACAUGAGCCCGAACAAAUGCUCUGGAAUGCGUUCCCCCCUUCAGGAAGAGAACUCAGUUGCACAUCAUGAAGUCAAAUGCCAGGGGAAGCCAUUAGCCGGAAUCUACAGGAAACGCGACGAGAAAAGAAACUCUGGGAAUGCAAUACGAAGCACCGUGAAGUCCGAGGAACAGAAGAUCAAAGACGCCAGGAGAGGCCCCCUGGCACCUUUUUCAAACCAAAAAUCUGAAGCAGCAGAACCUCCCAAAACCCCGACCUCGUCUUGUGAUUCUCCCAAUGCAGCCGCUGCCAAGCAAGCCCUGAAAAAGCCCAUGAGGGGCAAACAGGCCCCCAGGAAAAAAGCUCAAGGAAAAACACAACAGAAUCGCAAACUCACGGAUUUCUACCCUGUGCGGAGGAGCUCCAGGAAGAGCAAAGCUGAGCUGCAGUCUGAAGAAAGGAAAAGAAUAGACGAAUUGAUUGAAAGUGGGAAGGAAGAAGGCAUGAAGAUUGACCUCAUUGACGGCAAAGGCAGGGGUGUGAUCGCCACCAAGCAGUUCUCCAGGGGUGAGUUCGUGGUGGAGUAUCAUGGGGACCUCAUCGAGAUCACCGAUGCCAAGAAGCGGGAGGCUCUGUAUGCACAAGACCCCUCCACGGGCUGCUACAUGUACUAUUUUCAGUAUCUGAGCAAAACCUACUGCGUGGAUGCAACUCGAGAGACAAAUCGCCUAGGAAGACUGAUCAAUCACAGUAAAUGUGGGAACUGCCAAACCAAACUGCACGACAUCGACGGCGUGCCUCACCUCAUCCUCAUCGCCUCCCGAGACAUCGAGGCCGGGGAGGAGCUCCUGUAUGACUAUGGGGACCGCAGCCGGGCUUCCAUCGAAGCCUACCCUUGGCUGAAGCAUUAACCCAAUGGCCCCUCCCCCCUCCCCCACCCCAUCUUUAAUGGACAAAGUGCCCUCAAAAGGGAAUUGAUUUUUUUUUUUUACACACUUAAUCUUAGCAGAUUACUUCAGAUGUUUUUAAAAAGUAUAUUAAGAUGCCUUUUCACUGUAGUAUUUAAAUAUCUGUUACAGGUUUCCAAGGUGGACUUGAACAGAUGGCCUUAUAUUACCAAAACUUUUAUAUUCUAGUUGUUUUUGUACCUUUUUUGCAUACAAGUCGAACGUUUGUGCUUCCCGUGCAUGCAGUCAAAGACUCGGCACAGGUUUUAGAGGAAAGAGUCGAACAUGAACUAGGAAGCUGGGCGAUGCUCCUGUCUCCAGCUGAAGAGCCAGGACUCUCUCCCCCACACCCCGACAUCCCAGUGCGGGUGGGUGCCAGGAAGACGCCGCCUCCCCACAGCCUGGAUGGGAUGUCCCCAAGCUCUUGUUCUCCUGACAUCUCGACAGGCGCACAUUGAAGUGUAUGAAUAUUUUUUAAAAGGUUUCACAGUAAAGAUAGUCUUCCCCUCUGCUUUCUCGAAAGCUUACCGACCCAGUGGCUCACGGGCCGGGGCUAGAUUUACUCUUCCACGGGUUGCCGCUUUUCCAGGCACCUCGAAGCAUCAGGGCGGGGAAUCAAAGCAGAUGUGGGCAGGGACGAGCAUUGCUUACCUAGCCCUGCCAGGGCAGAGUUUCCCGAAACUGGGUUAAUUUCUUUAUAGAAAUGUGAACACUGAGUUUAUUUUAAGAAAAUAAUAAAAAUCAUAAAACAAAAAAGAAAAAAAAAACCACAGAAGACAACUUACAUGUAUAUAGGUCUUGAAGUGAGUGAAGUGGCUGCGCUUUGGUUUUGGCUCCCCCCCCCCUUGGUUUUGUUUUUAUAGAAGAGAUUUGAGAUGGUACACUAUUCUAAUCAAAAAUAAAGUUUUGUAGUGGGACCAGAAAUUACUUACCCAAUUCU